CUUUUCACCUUUCCCUCGAUAAAAUGCUUCCUCUCUUUUCUCCUCCUCCUUCUCUCCCACCCAAACUGUAAAAAUGGUUGCUUUCUUUCUGAUGGGUUUUCUUUUCUGUUAAUAUUAUGAAUUCACAGCACUCCAUUGUUUCUGUAAAUUUGUAGUAAUAGUGUGUGCAACGACAACACUCCAUCUCUUGCUUCCAUCGUUUCAAGCAAAAAGAUUGCUGCUUUCUUCCUUUCUUCCAUCGCAGAGAAUCCCAUUCCCAUUCCUGGUUCAUUUUUAUUGUGAUGCGUACAUCCGUUUGACUGAGGUACAGGAUGGGGGAUCAUUUUGUGUUGUUCGUGGAUCGGUUGAUCACUGAAUCUACCCUGGAAGCUGUUAUAGAGAGCACAUAUCAGUUGCAGCACCCAACACCCACAACAAUCCAAGAUAUCAUGGAAUCUUCCCAUCAAAUAGAUAUGAAUACCCUGUCAUCUCCUAGUAAAUUUGUACAGUGUAGGAUUUGCCAUGAUGAGGACGAUGAUUCAAACAUGGAAGCACCAUGUUCUUGCUGUGGCAGCUUGAAGUACGCUCACCGCAAAUGUGUUCAGAAGUGGUGCAAUGAGAAGGGUGAUACAAUUUGUGAAAUUUGCCACCAGCAAUUCAAGCCAGAUUAUACAGCACCGCCUCCUCUAUAUCAUUAUAGUGGUAUCCCAAUGAACUUCCGGGGGAACUGGGAGAUUUCCAGAAGGGACCUGCAGAAUCCUGGAUUUAUAGCAAUGGUUACUACUGAUCACGGAUACCUGAAUACAGACUUUGCUGAUGAAUACUCAGCUCCCUCUUCAAGAAGCUUGCUAUGUUGUCGUAUAGUUGCUAUCAUCUUCAUGGUUCUUCUGGUUUUACGCCAUACUCUUCCAAUCUUAAUAAGUGGAGCAGGAGAGUACUCAUUGACGUUAUUCACACUAAUGGUGUUGAGAACGAUUGGAAUUCUUUUUCCAAUCUAUAUCAUGGUUAGAGUAUUCACUGUCAUCCAACGUCGGCGGCAUCAACAGGAUCCUCAGAUUUCCCCUGCCACAUCAGACGAAGAGAAUGACUUUGCAUAUCCAUCACGUUUUAUUCAAAUUCGAUAACUGAUUCAGCCACUAGUCUUGGCCGGAGAAUCAUUUGCUGUUGCUGCAAUAUCCUGAAAAAGGGCUCGAGAAUCAAGUUCUCCAGUUGUUUGUAAUGCAGAUGAAAGUUGUGGCCGAAGGCAAUGUUCUUACAUCGUCAGUUCAGGACAAUGUGCCAGAAGUAUACGCAAACCCUUUGCUUGCCGUGAUUCGGAAACCUGUGUAUAUGACAGCAUUGGGUAUUAGCCUUUAUUUUUUCAAGUACUUUCAUAUGAAAACUAGGAACCUAUACUUUAAGUGUACAUGUAAAUGUUAAUACCGUAAUUCGAUGUAUUUCCAUCCAAAAAGGGGACCCAGAACAUGAUUCAAUGAUCCUAUGAAGGAGAGCAGUUUGCACUUGGCAGUGCAAGCAACAAAACAUGCUUUAUGCAACUCAAUUUCUACCUCA